GUUUUAGUUUUAGUUUUUUAAAAUAAUUAUUCUGGUUUUUUGAACGAUGAGCGAUUCUGGUCCUGUUUUGGCUGGCACGCUUCACGGCCAUGUCGACGUUGUGAACGCCAUUGUGUAUCUCCCCGAGAUGGAGUGUGUGAUCAGUGCUUCCGACGAUCGGACACUGCGCGUGUGGCUGCGUCGCGACAAUGGCGACUGGUGGCCGUCGGUCUGCCAGACACUCGCGGGACCCGUCUCAGCGCUCGCCUUUGACGCCAAGUCGCGCCGUCUGUUUGCUGGCGUUGAGCUCGGAAACAUCUUUGAGUAUUCGUGCAGCGAGGACUUGAACCGCCUUGCCAUCAAGCAAGACCAUCGUGCACACACCGCUCGCGUCACGGCCAUCAACUUUGUCCCAGACCACGAGUGGAUUCUCAGUGUCGGCCGCGACAAGUUCUUCCAGUGGCUGGAUGCACAGACUGGUCGCCGUCUCGGCUGCUUCCAGAGCGAUGCAUGGUGCUCGUGCCUGCAGUUUGACCCCGUGUCCAAGUUUGCCUUCCUCGGCGACUACGGCGGCAACAUUGAGCUGCUGAAGGUCGACGAUGGCCGUCUUAGCCUUGUUUCCACCCUCAAGGGCCACGAAGGCAGUAUUCGCUCGCUCGCAUGGGACGGCAAGAAGCGCCGUCUCUACUCGGGCAGCUUUGACAAGCGUAUCAUUGUGUGGGACAUUGGAUCUCAGAAGGGUGUUACUUAUGAGUUUUAUGCGCAUCUAUCCAAGAUCAAAUCGGUCGUUUUCAUUCCGGAAGACCGCCGCCUCGUCUCCUCGGGCGACGACCAGAAGCUCAUCUUCUGGGACUUGAAGAAGCGACGCCUCGAAGCACCCGAGUGGGCGGAGGCUCCUGACUGCCAGAAGUGUGGAACUCCAUUCUUCUGGAACUUUAAGAAGAAAUUGAACGUUACGCGACAGCACCACUGCCGCAUGUGCGGUAAGGCACUUUGCGACGACUGCUCGGCGCGUCGUACCACCCUUCCCAAGAUGGGCUUUGAGCUUCCCAUUCGCACCUGCCAAGAGUGUUUCUCAACGGUUGGCGAGAAAGAUCGCCGCCCGUACUGCAAGACUUAUGGCGCCAAGCAUGCGGUUGCUGAUAUGGUUUGGUCGGCCUCAACACGAGAGCUCGUUACCGCUGGCACGAAUGGCUUGAUCAAGAUCUGGAAGGUCCCGACCAUCGGCCACGAUGCUAGCAGCGAGGACGAAGACUAAAAAAAAACCCCAUUGAUUAUUGCUCGCAGAUUUGCUUCCAACAUUGCUGUCUUGAUCUCCUCCAUUUUUCUUAUCCAUGCUUGUGUUUGUUUCGCUGUUUUGUUCCCCGUUUUGUUGUUUGCUCUAGAGUUUGAAAGUCCCUUAUAAUGUCUAAUCUGAUCGUUUCUUGUUUUCCCCUCCUCCUUCCUGCGCUUCCAUGCAACUGCAAUGCAAAUGGACGAAUGCUCAGUCCCUUCCAAUCAUACUGAACACUUUGAGCGUCAAACAUGAGCGAC